AUGCCGUACACAGCUUUGGCUUUGGCUCUUUUGAGCCUUUCGAUCUUGGGUCUUAUCACGCAACAACUUCUGGCAUACUUUCGGGACUGGACUUCCGGUGGGAAAAGUCGAGCAAAGUCUCUCGAGGCGAAGAGUAUUUCGCGAGCAUUACCGGCCGACUGGUAUAGGUCUGAUGACCUUUACGAACUCGAGCGGAGAGCAAUCUUCUCGAAAAAGUGGCUGCUUGUUACGCACAAGCUGAGGUUUCCUAAUGCUGGUCACUGGAUCAGGUUCGAGGAAGCCGGUUUCCAGUUCUUGGUUGUCAAAGGUCUAGAUGGCUCGAUCCGUGGCUUUCACAACAUCUGCAGGCAUCGAGGUUUCCCAAUCGUAACGGAAGAAAGUGGCUGCUCGAAGAUUCUUGCUUGUAAAUACCACGGUUGGUCUUACGGCUUGAACGGUGCUCUUGCAAAGGCGCCAGGCUAUAAAGACAUUCAGGAGUUCAAUAAAGACCAGAACAGUCUGCUUCCACUUCAUGUCAAGGUUGACGAUCAUGGAUUCAUCUGGGUCAAUCUAGACGCCAAACAGACACCUGAGACGCCGUGGGAAGCAGACUUCAGAGGAAUAGACCAACAGGUGCGACACGAGUCGUUCAACUUUGACGACUACCAUUUUGACCACACUUGGCACAUGACCGGUGACUACAACUGGAAGACACUAGCGGACAAUUACAAUGAAUGCUAUCACUGUGCCACGGCUCAUCCUGAUGUGGGGGCUGUAGCAGAUCUUGAGGCGUACAAGGUCGAGACAAGAGGUGGUAAUAUUGAACAUUUUGCCAGCACCAAGCCUGAACAAGAGGAAGCGGGCAACAAAGUCGUCAGCAACUAUUACUUCCCAAACGCGUGCAUGACAGUCACGCCGAACUUCUUCUACAUGAUGAGGUGUGUCCCCACGUCGACUAAGCAAUGUUCCAUGGAGUAUGAGAGAGUCCUGAACGAGGAUAAAUGGUUGUGCAACAAUGUCCAGAAGACACUCAACGCAGGAGUCUUUGUGAAUGGUGAAAUGCAUCCAACGAUGGAAAAGGGUCCGUUGUACUUCCAGAAUACGGUGCGUGAAAUGCUCGAAAGUCACUGGAGCAAAGAAAAGGCUAUUGGCCAAGAGAUCUGGCCUGCUCGAAGGUCAUUGCCCAAGGAAGCGACCUCGAGUGCUAGAGACUUAGCAUUGUGCUCAGGUGUAGCCUGCAGCAAGAAAACCGAUCCUGCCAUUCUGUGGAGGAAGAAAAUCCGAUGUCCAGGUGAGAGGCCGGCGUGCUCAACCUGUGCUAGACGGAAACAACAAUGCCACUAUGUGGCGGUCGCUCGAUCGUCGCCGCUGGAGGUGCCUUUUGCUGAUCGGAUUGCUACAAUCGAGGAGAAGUUGGAAGCCAUUCUGAAUUGCGCCAGUGGACAAGGCACGACAUCCGGAGAUGAUCCCUCAAACAACAAUGGUAGUGAUUAUGGGUCAAUCACUCCGACCGAGAAUGCUUUGCUGGAGGAAGUGCAAUCGAAUACAAUACCUUCCUCUGAUGAGGUUAUCGAAGCGAUUCGCUUGUACUUUCAACAUUGUCAUCGCCAACCGAUUUGGUGCUUCGAGCAUGUCGACCUUGAAGACGACAAGACAUCACUAACUGAGGAAUUGUUAUGCUCCAUCUUGGCUUUGACAUCACGGUUUUUGCCGCAAGAUGAGCAAGAGCCCAAGUACAGCGGCAAGGCCAGGAGUCUGAUAAUGUUGCGCAUCGCCAAUGGAACAGUAGGCAUCGCGACAAUAGAGGCUCUGUGCCUGUUAUCGUUCUCUUUCAUCUUAGAUGGGGACGUACGUCUCGGACAGUUCCACCUGGGUCUCGCAAUGCAUCUGAUCCAAGCUGCCUCGCUAGACGUUGGUCACACAUACAACACUGCCGACUCUCAGUGUGAGCGAAAGAAGAGACUUUUCUGGAGCUGGCAAAUCCUCAACCACUACUACGGACGCCACAACCAGCUUUUCAGAUCGGCUGGCGACAUCUCGAGUCUGCUACGGCACGGCAACAGUAGCACCGUGUCUGAAGUUGGAGACGGCCAUAAACCCACAUCGCUACCACCUCUUCCGAAAGAUCCCAUUGGAGUCGCAAAUUCCGACGACCCCGACAUCUGGUGUUUUACUGUGCAGCUCUGCUGGAUCUGGGAUCAGGUGCACAACUGCAUAUCUGAUUGUGCAUCAGACCGUCUCAUAGUCCCCUGGCUACACGACUCCGCGUACAGCAUUAUCAAUUCAAAUCUCGUGCAAGUAGAAGAUAUUAUGCCGACCUGUCACCGCUAUGACUCUGCCAAGUACUACGCACACAACUCCGAACGUCUGCAGCGUGAUGCUGCCUACUGGAAUCCCUGGCUGAAGAUGCAGCUGACAUUCCACGCCGUGCAUGUGGUGCUUAACCACCCCUUCUUAUAUAUUUCAGCGGCACGAAGCAACCCAAGUUUAAACACCACGAAUACAUUCUGGAGGAGAUCGUCAGAACUGGUGCUCCUGCAUGCGUCCUGGAUAGUGCGCAUGCUAGAGAUGGUACAAGAGAAAGAGCAACAUCUUAACGACCCGUUCUUUGCACAUGCUGUUGCCAUUGCGGCCACAGUCCAUAUGUUCUACAGCUACUCGGCGAAUCCAAAGCUUCGUACGAAGUCAAACGCCGAUAUGGAAACGUGCAGGCAUUUCUUGAGAAGCUUUGCCAGCUUUUCGCCCGCUGGUGCAAAAUUGGACGAAAGACUGGGAAAGAUGCUGCAGCUUGCGUCAGCACCCACAGAAGGUCAAAAUAGGCUAUCACUGUCCUCAACCAUUCGACUCAGCAACCACCUUACGUGGGAGAUCUUGAACUUCGACCUCGAUGGCGAUGCUAAAGGUCCUAGCGCAAACGACCUCUUCGACUCCUCGCUCACCUCCCCCAGUCGAAAGGGGCAAGAUUCUCCAGAUCUUGAAGUCUUGGUUUCGAACUCGCCCGAGGUCGUAGUCAACACUUACGAUGGAGGCCAGACCGCGCGGACUGGCUCUUCACAUACAUAUCUAUCGACAACUGAUAACGGUAUCGCCGGCCCUUGGAGUAAUCGUUCUGCUAUGACCUCUCCUGAGAAUACACUUGGUAAUGACGCUUUGCGGCUCUGGACCGAUCACAGCCUUCAGCUCGAAGACUUAAAUCCAUAUCUAGUGGAUGCUUGUAAGAAUGAUUUGGGAAGCUCCUCUUGGUGGGACUUAGGCAACUUCUGA